AUGCCCAAUGCCAACCCACCUCGAGACCCAUACAAGGAAUAUCUCGCUUGCAGGAUCCCCGGUGCAAGAUGGUGGGACGUGGAAGAAGUCUCGACAAAGGGGGAAGAGGUGCGCAAUCUACCUCAUAUGAUGCCGAGUCCAGGCACCUUUGCGAAGGCAGCUGCACAGAGAGGCAUCUCUCCCUCCAGCCAUGUCGUUUGCUAUGAUACACAUGGACUCUUCUCCAGCCCAAGGACGGCCUUUACCUUUCUGGCAUUUGGACACAAGAACGUAUCUGUGCUCAAUGGAGGGCUGCCCGCAUGGCUCGACGAGGGAGGCGAAACCCAAGAGGGAAAGGUGGAGGAAGAGGUAGUGGCAGAGGAAUACCCUGAGCCCAAGCUUAAGGAGGGAUGGGUGAGGGAUUUCGAAGAGAUGGUGGCAAAUGCUCGGAUGGGAGGACGUGGAGAGGUUGUGCUGGACGCACGUAGCCGAGGCAGAUUCAAUGGCACCGAUCCCGAGCCGCGUGCGGGCUUAUCUUCAGGCCACAUCCCUUCCUCUCUCUCCCUCCCCUUCCCAACUCUCAUAGACACGCACACUUCCAAGAGGACAGGCAAGCCCUACACGACUCUCAAGGACCAAAUCGCCCUCUAUCGCACCUUUUCCUCGGAAACGACCGACUCUCAAGGCCGCUCGUCGAGUACACAAGGUGGCUCACCAGUCCUCGACUUUGAAAAAGUACGACAGGCAAGCAGUGCAGGCACUACGGCAGUCACUGCCACUUGUGGAAGCGGAAUGACAGCUGCUGUCAUCUGGCUGGCGUUGCGGACGCUAGGCAUCCAAAGUGCCAUUUAUGAUGAGAGCUGGAUGGGCUGGGCCUCUCGAGAGAAGGAAGGAGUGCCGAUUGCUAAGCAGAAGACGGUUGAGCAGGCGUCAUGA